CCCAAAAGCAGAAGAGUGUGAUCCUCAUCAUACCUUCAAGCACCCACCACUGACAAUUCCCCUUCCCGAAGCCCCAUCUUACAUUCAGUUUUGCAGGCCAAACCGCCACCAAAACCACCGCCAUCUUCCAUUUCCUCUCUCUCUCUCUCUCUCUCUGCACCGUAUAACACCGUAUAGUUUUCAGAACAGCAAAAAAAAAUUUGAAAAGGCGCCAAUGUCCAACUAUCUCUCAACUCUCUUUCUUAAAAAAGCACACUCCUUUUUCUUUUUUGAAUUAUACUUGUCCUCCUUUGCACUCUCUCUCUCUCUCUCUCUCUCUCUCUCUCUCUCUCCCCCCAACUGGCUUCAAGGACAGACAGAGAGAGUGGUACCCUCCUCCCAUUCUUUUCAUUUUCUAAAGAAAAACCCCAAAUAUCCCAAAAAUAAACAUUAUGGCAAAAGAGCAAAGCCAGGAGCCUGCAAUCACCAACCUUCUGCAGCUCCAGGACAAGGAGGAAUACAAGGAGUUGGACCCUGGAUCUGAGGAGCCUGAGGCCCCUUUGCCUCUCACCGUCACUUCCCGGGUCUUGUAUAUGUUGGGUGACAUUGCCGCAGGGCCGGCAUAUAGAAUCACGCAAUGGCUGGAACUGGUUCGUAAACGGAGUGCUAAGUAUCACUCGUCUGGCUUCCCCCACCGCCUUCCAAGGUUUGACAGUAUGCCUUCGAGUGUAGGAGACUUUGUUGAUGAUUGGAAAGGUUCUCUUCCCUGUGAGCAAACCACGGAAGUCAAUCUCUGGGAAAGACUUGGCAAAGCUGCUACAUUGGAUAUUGAGUCGAGUUAUUUUUCCUGGGAUAGGCUCUCGUCGCUUCAUCACACUGAGCAUAGUAGUAGCAAUGACAAUUCUGAGGAUGAAAUGAAUAAAGCUCUUGAGGUAACUGUAAAUUCGGGGGGUGUUGUCUUCUUUGGCCUGUUCAACCAGCCAGGGAAUGAUGAUGCUUCUACUAAGGAAGCGGCGGCUGUUAUAAAGAUUUCAUCAUCAAGGAUGGCCACGCAAUCUGAACGCCUUGGAUAUGAAAUUGCAAAGUGGCUUGGAGUUCGAACUCCUCAGGCCAGAGUCAUUCAUAAUUGUAGCUUGGAAUGGCUCCAGAUUAAGGAAGCUGCAGAGAAAGCAAGAGAUGCAGCAAGUGCAGAAGGAGAUGAAUGUGGGGAAAUGACGUGUUCAGAACUUUUGGAAGCUCUUGAACUUAGCCGAUGCCUUUUGCUCAUGAGCUAUGUUCACGGAUCUCCUUUACUUGAAAGCCCAACUGUAUUUGAGUCGAGGGAAACUGCAGAAAAAACAGCGGCUGCUCUUGGUAGGAUCUUGAUGUUGGAUCUUGUCAUCAGAAAUGAGGAUAGGCUUCCUUGCCAUAAGCUCAGAUGGCGUGGAAAUUCUGCAAAUCUAUUGUUGGCUGACAAAAUGUCUUUGGGAAAUAUGGAUAGUUUGGGGGAAUCCCUUGAUUCUACAAUCAAGCGAUACAAACCAAGAGUAAUCAGAGGUCUUCAUAAGGAUAGAAGGGUAACUUCAGUAGAUAGCAAAUUAGGUACUCAUAAUGCCGUAUUGGUACCACAGACUUCUGAUCUUUCAGAUAUUGUAGAGUCACCAAGAUCUAUUAAGAGUGCACUAUCAGAUGAUGCAGUGCAUUCUGAUUUUCCAGUUUUGGCUAUUGACUCUGGGGUUCCUCGUCGACCUCCUGCUGGAAAGCGCGCAAAUGACCAGGAAAUUUAUCCCAGGUUGGUUGAGUUACUACUCAACAGUUCUGAUUACUCAUCUAAUGUGUUGCAUGAAAUAACAUUAGGGAAGUUAGGUCGUUCUACCAUACAAGAAACUGAUGCAUCUGAUAUGCCGGCGUUUGAGAUGGCUUCGGUUGUUCAAGAAUUUCGUGGUGGAUUCCGAGCUGCUCUUCGGGAUCUGCAGGGAUUCCAUAUAUUCUUACUCACACUUCAUCAAAGACUGGAGAACUUGUUACGAAUAUUCUUCAAUAUUAUAGAUAGAAUAUCCUCAGGGGAGUCUGACAAAGAGGAUUUGGCAGUUCCUGAGUCUUCCUCUCACGCUGCUGGAAGUGUUCAUUGUGCUUCUCCACCAAGUAAGGAAAGACUUAUCAAUGAGAACAAUCCUGAUUUUAGUGAUUCUGAAUUACAGAGAACUGCUCCAAGGUCUUCAUAUUCCGGAAAUAAAGAAGGCUAUGACUGCAGCUCGCCCAUGUCAAGGGAUGGUUUGCAUGGGAGAUUCUCUAAAGGAAUUGCGGAGCCCCUCCGUAGUUUGCGUUUGACAGCAAAGCUUCGGGAUUUCCAUAAAUACGCCAAGGUUGAUGCUGAAUCAAACAAAGAACUGGAACAGUGGAAUGAAAUGCUAAAGUUUGAUGCUGUCAAACUAUGUCAAGAGAACAAUUUUAAUUCUGGGUUUUUCGAGGGUAGUGACAACAAUGGUGUUGUCGAUGCUUAUGAAUUGAAGGUUAGACUUGAGCACAUUCUUGAGAGGAUUGCAUUGAUAUCUGGUGCUGCAAAUACAGAGAGGCCAUCUCGAGUUACAAGUUGCAUGUUCAUCGGUGGGGCCCUGGCUGCACGAUCUGUAUUCACGCUGCAACGCUUGGAAAUUACUCAUGUGUUGUGUUUGUGCUCCAAUGAAAUUGGACAAGCUGAUUCUCAGUUUCCUGAUCUAUUUGAGUACAAGAAUUUUGCUAUAUGCGACAAUGACGAUACAAACAUCAGCACCAUCUUUGAUGAAGCUAUUGGUUUUAUUGAUCGUGUUGAACAAAAAAGAGGGAAGGUUCUCGUCCAUUGCUUCGAGGGGAAAAGUAGAAGUGCCACCCUUGUGCUUGCCUACCUAAUGCUGAGAAAGAAUUGCACUCUAUUAGAGGCGUGGACGUCUCUAAAACAAGUUCAUCGUCGGGCGCAACCAAAUGAUGGUUUUGCAAAGAUCCUAGUGGAUCUGGAUAAGAAACUUCACGGGAGAGUUUCCAUGGAGUGGCAACAGCGGAAGCCUACAAUGAAAGUUUGCCCAAUCUGCGGGGUGAAUGCAGGUCUGAGUAGCAGCUCGCUUAAGCUUCAUUUGCAGAAAUCACACAAGAAGCUAUCGUCAGGUAGUGUCGAUAGUGCAAUGACAAUGGAGAUACAAAAGGCUUUGACAGCGCUAAAAAUUAGCCGAGGCGGAAGCGUCAGCCCUAAACAGAGGUCUCAUUCAGAUGUGGAAGAUUAGGGACUUCCAAGCUGAAAGCCUCCUUUUUAUUUGUAUGAGGUGCUCUGGGAGAUGAUGGACUUGUUGCAUAAAUGUGGCUGGCCAUUCUUGUAGAUAUAAAUAUAGGGAUUGUUGAGUUUGCCUUUUACAUCAAGGAGAAUGGUGGGGUGGGUUUGUGUACAUCUGGGUUUCAAGUUCAAGUGUAUCAUAAGUAGAUUAUCAGACACUUCAGGGGUGUAUGUUGGCAGUGCCGUAUUCUGACAGUGUGAUAUUAUAAUGUACUCUAAUUUACGGGUUAAGGGAUUUGAAUGUAGGUUUAAAGGGACAGGCACACUGACCUAACCCGCA